AUGGGGGGCAGCAGGCAUAGUCGCUUAGACCUGGCGGGGGGCGAUCCGCGGCUGGGGUUAUCCGCGCCGAGGCGGGCAGCGGGGGAAGAAGCGGAGGCGGGGCGAGGCGGAACAAAUGCCGGGACGGCGGGGGAUGGCGGAAGUUUCGGCGGGCUCGGAGUGUUCCGCUCCCCGUCUAGCAAGGGAUUGGCGUCAGGCGCGUUAGGCGCGGCAGCGGAUGCGGCAGCGGCAACGGCAGCAGCAGCGGCAACGGCAGCGGCAGCGGCAGCAGAGCAGGCGCCUACCGCGGACGCAGCAGCUGCCAUGACCGGCGCCUCCGGCGCAAGUGCCGCAGCCGCAGCCGUAGCCAAUGGCGUGGCGACAAAUGGCACUGCCGCGUCGGCGAACGGCGCGCCUCUCUCUCCGCCUCCCCCGCCGUCCGUGGUCCACCCUACCCCCGAGGAAAUGGGCCGCCUGUGCGCGCCCCCUGGCGCGGCGGAAGCCGCCAGCCCGACCUCUGGCAGGGGAGAGAGGGGGGGGGGCGGCGGAAAGGGUGGGGGAAAGAGGGGUCUGGGGGGAGCAUCGAGCGGGCGGGGGGGAGGGGGAGGGGGAACGAGGGCGGGCCCGCAUGGGGGAGGGGGAAGGGAGAUUGGGGUUGGGUCGGAUGAGAAUCAUUCUGAUGAUGGGGGGAGGUCGGAAGGGGAGGAUGAGCUGGUAGCGUCGUUGGAGCAUCUGACUGAUCCGGAGGAAAUCAAACGAGUCAAGAGGAUGCUGUCCAAUCGCGAGUCAGCCCGGCGGUCGCGGCGGCGAAAGCAGGCGCACAUGGGGGAGAUGGAGACGCAGGUGACUCAGCUGCAGAUCGAAAACGCCAACCUGGCCAGCCGCCUUGGGGAGAUCGGACGCAAAUACAGCGACGCUGCUGUCGACAACCGCGUGUUAAAAUCCGAUGUGGAGGCGCUACGAGCUAAAGUGAAAAUGGCUGAGGAGAUGCUUGGGCGGUCGUAUGCCUCCCAUCACCAUGCGGCUGCUCUUUCAGCAGCGGCAGCACACCAUGGGGCGUAUUCACUCGAGGCUCUGCGUGCAGGGGGUAUGCACCUCCCUUGUCCGGGUAUUUCCCCUCAUAAUUAUGCUGCUGCUGCAGCAGCUGCAGCAGCAGCAGCCGCAGCAGCAGGAGGAGGGCUGCACCCGAGCCUGGCUGCCAUGCCUGGGAUGCGUGGGGUGGGAGGAGGAAUGGCCGGACUUGGGGCAGGUUCAGCCAUGGCAGACCAUGCAGCCGCUGCUGCAGCUGCUGCUGCGGAAGGGGGAGAGGGGGGAACGGCAGGAGGUAUGGGAGGAGAGGAGGCUGGGGGGCGGCAUUAUAGAAUGGAGAGGAGUGCAAGCAUGGAGAGGGCAGCAAGUGAAGAACAUGCACAGAAGAGGUUCAAAGCAGCAGAGUAA